AUGACGACGGUCGUCUCUCCCGUCGCGCGCGUCGCGGGCGCGCGCGCGGACGCGUCGACGCGCGCCGCCGCCGCGCGUCCCGCGGUUCUCGCCGCGCGCGCGCCGCGCGCGCGGACGUCGUCCGCGUCGCUUCGAGGAGGAGUAGGAAAAACGACGAAAGAUCUCGUCGUCGCGCGAGCGUCCUCCUCCUCGGACGCGACGUCGUCGAGCAUCGACGCGCUGGAUCGCGUCUUGGGGUCGCACGACUCCGCGGACGAGGACGACGACCCGUUCGCGGACGCGUCGUCGUCGUCGUCGUCGUCGUCGUCGUCGUCGUCGUCGCCGUCGCCGUCGUCGUCGACGUCGUCGUCGUCGCCGUUCGCCAAGGACCGCGACGUGUCCCUUUUCGACGUCGGCGCGCGCUUCGAGGGCGGCAAGACGCUCCUCCGCGUCCUGCGCGACGGCGGCGGCUUCGGCGCGGACAUCGCGUCCGUCCCCGUCGGCGCGCUCGUCGUGUGCGCGCGCGACGCGCCGGCGCUAAACCUGUGGAGCUCGCAGGCGUACGCUCUGAAGCGCGCGUACUACCAACGUCGCGGCGACACGGUGGGGAGCGGACGCGUGGACGUGGAGACGAUCGGCGCGGCGCCGCCGCCGCGGGAGGAGGGCGAGCGCGAUGGCGAGUGGCAGCUCUGGGUUGAGCUCUUCAGGCGCGUCUCGCCGCGCGCGCCCGCCGGCCGCGAGGACUAUCACGCGUCCCCGGUGCGCGUGCGCCCGUCGGACGUCGGACUGAAGACGGUGGGGGAGGAGGUUGGCGACGCGUUGUUAAUCGCGAUCCCGGUGGCGUUUUUCUGGGCCGCGGUGGGCGCGUCGUUCGUGAUCACCGCGUCGCAGCGGCACGGCGGGUCGUGA